AUGAAAGAAUGUAUUAGUGAACAAGAUCAUUAUCGAAUAUUUCCACCAAGGCUGUAUUCAUUUGAUGAGGAAUGUGAUUUAAUCGAGACAGGUGGCGAUGAAUUAGCAUAUUGCAUAUGCCAGAGAAAUUUUUGCAACAUGAAAAAUAUUAUCGAUCAGUUUAUUGAUUUUGAACAAAAUCAUCCGGAAAUUUUUGAUGCUAUCAAUGAUAAGAACGAUGAAGAAUUUCUAAUAUCAUCGCAAUCAUAUCCAACACAAUUGAAUUAUCAGUCAAAUCGAAAUACUCCUCAAAAAGAAACAAACAUUCAUUAUGAAAAAUUAAAACCUAUACGAUCUGAUAAACGAUCCAAUGAUGAUGAUUUUGAAGAGAAUAAUUCGAAUCAUGCAAAUACUCACUCCAUAUCACAUCAAAUAUAUGAUACCUCACGAAUAUCUCAUCAAAUAUCUAAUUUUCCUUCAAUGCAAAAUUAUAAUCCAGCAAUGUUUACUGGUAAUACUGCAACGAAUAUUUCAAUGGGACAAAAUAAACAUAGUAAUGAAAUGGAUAGAGCUAUUCGAAAUUUUAUAACACCACAACAAAUAUCGGCAUUUCUUGAAAUUGAACAACAAAAUGCUGUAAGUUAA